AUGUUCCGCACCUUUGCGCAAAAAGCCACUCCUGGACCGGGGCUGUCACCGCGUCGUCGCACAGCUGUCAUUGCGACGGUCGCAGCGCUGAGCGCGGGUACUGUGUACGCGCUGACGCGCCGGAGCGACGCCGACGAGUAUGCCCUGCCUCAUGACGUGAGCCCGGCGCAGUUCUGGUCGCCGCCUACGCGUGCGCAGAUGAUCGACGCCCUGAAGAAGUCGUCGGGUGUGGGUCUGCGCGCCGACGGGAGCCUGGAGCAGCGCAAGUCGCUGCUGCAGCCGACGCACCAGGCGGUGGGCCACAGUCCCAUCCCGGAAGUGGAGCACGCGUAUGCGGAGCAGUUGCGCGACGAGGACGAGGGCUUUGACCUGCUGGUGAUCGGCGGUGGUGCGACCGGUGCGGGUGUCGCGGUGGAUGCCGCGACGCGUGGCCUCAAGGUCGCGCUCGUGGAGCGCGACGACUACGGCGCGGGCACCUCGUCGAAGUCGACCAAGCUGGUGCACGGUGGUGUGCGCUACUUGCAGAAGGCGGUGAUGCAGCUGGACUAUGAGCAGUACAAGAUGGUCAAGGAGGCGCUGCAUGAACGCAAGACGUUCCUGCACAUCGCGCCGUACCUGUCGAGCCCGCUGCCGAUCAUGAUCCCGGCGUACUCGUGGUGGCUGAUCCCGUACUACUACGCGGGUACGAAGCUGUACGACUUGAUUGCCGGCUCGCAGAACAUGGGCAGCUCAUACAUUGUGGGCCGCAACAAGGCGCUGGAGGUGUUCCCGAUGCUCCGCGCGCACAACCUCGCUGGAGGCGUCGUGUACUACGACGGCCAGCAGAACGACACGCGCAUGAAUGUGGCGCUGGUGCUGACGGCCAUCCAGCACGGCGCCGUGGCUGCGAACCACAUGGAGGUGACCUCGCUGAAGAAGGACGCAGCGUCCAAGAUCACGGGUGCGCAGGUGCGCGACUGCCUCACGGGCGAGGAGUUCCACAUCAAGGCGAAGGGCGUCAUCAAUGCCACGGGUCCGUUCUGCGACUCGAUCCGCAAGAUGGACGACCCGUCGUGUGGCGACAUUGUGGCGCCGUCGUCGGGUGUGCACAUUACGUUCCCUGGCUACUUUAGCCCCCGCGGUAUGGGCCUGCUCGACCCCGCGACGAGCGACGGCCGUGUGAUCUUCUUCCUGCCGUGGCAGGGCUCGACGAUCGCCGGCACCACGGAUGUGGCCGCCAAGGUCGAGGCGCAUCCCCUGCCGGGCGAGCAGGAGAUCCAGUGGAUCCUGGACGAGGUGCGCAACUACCUGAACACCGACGUGACGGUGAAGCGCUCGGACGUGAUGAGCGCCUGGAGUGGUCUGCGCCCGCUCGUCAAGGACCCGACGGCGCGCGACACGCAGAGCCUGGUGCGCAACCACAUGAUCCAUGUGAGCGACAGCGGCCUCCUCACCAUCUCGGGCGGCAAGUGGACGACGUACCGCGAGAUGGCCGAGCAGACGGUCGACAAGGCGAUCGAGGCGUUCCAGCUGAAGCCCCUGCACGACUGCUGCACCACGCAGGUGCGCCUGAUCGGCAGCCACUCGUGGUCGCGCACGAUGUACGUGCGCCUGCUGCAGGAGUACGGCCUCGACACGGACGUCGCGAUGCACCUGUCCGACUCGUACGGCGACCGCGCAUGGAGUGUGUGCUCGAUCAUGCAGCGGACCGGCAUGCGCUACCCGGUGCACGGCGUGCGUCUUGACUCGCAGCUGCCGUAUGUCGAGGCGGAGGUCCGCUACGCGACGCGCUGCGAGUACGCCGUCAAGGUCGCCGACUUCAUUGCGCGCCGCUCGCGCAUGUCGUUCCUCAACACGGAGGCGACGAUCGAGGCGCUGCCCCGCAUCAUCGAUAUCAUGGGCGAGGAACUCGACUGGAGUGAAACACGCAAGCAGACCGAGUUCGCCGAGGGCAUCCAGUUCCUCCAGUCGAUGGGCGUGGACCCCACACGCGUCGCGAAGCUCGCCCAGACGAGCCUGGUCGAGGCGCGCCGCUGGAAGGAACACCAUACGUCGCCCCGCCAGGUGCCCGUCGCGCACUCGAUCACCACCGCGAUCCACUCGGUGCCUCCUGUAGCGGUCGCCCACUAG